GGGGGGCGCGGGGGAGCCGGGCCCUCCCCCCAGGAACGUGUCCCAGGGCCAUCCCGGCCCGUAGUGUGGCAGCAGCUUCAGGUAGUUGAGCCCGUGAAACAAUAUGAAGAGGAGAAAAUAGCCUUUUAAGGAAAUUGGCCCACAGAAAGGAUGGCCUUCUUGGACAAUCCAACUAUCAUUCUAGCUCAUAUUCGACAGUCACAUGUGACCAGUGAUGACACAGGAAUGUGUGAGAUGGUUCUCAUUGAUCAUGAUGUUGACCUAGAGAAGAUUCAUCCUCCUUCAGUGCCUGGAGACAGUGGGUCAGAAAUUCAGGGAAGCAAUGGUGAGAGUCAGGGCUAUGUGUACGCCCAGUCGGUCGAUAUUACCUCAAGUUGGGACUUUGGUAUUAGAAGACGCUCAAAUACAGCUCAAAGAUUAGAACGACUCCAAAAAGAGAGACAAAACCAGAUCAAAUGCAAAAAUAUUCAGUGGAAAGAAAGAAAUUCUAAGCAAUCAGCCCAGGAGUUAAAGUCACUGUUUGAAAAAAAGUCCCUCAAAGAGAAACCUCCAAAUUCUGGGAAGCAGUCGAUAUUAUCUGUACGCCUGGAGCAGUGCCCCCUGCAGCUGAAUAAUCCCUUUAACGAGUACUCCAAAUUUGAUGGCAAGGGUCACGUGGGCACAACAGCGACCAAGAAGAUCGAUGUCUACCUCCCCCUACACUCGAGCCAGGACAGACUGCUGCCGAUGACGGUGGUGACUAUGGCCAGCGCCAGGGUGCAGGACCUCAUCGGGCUCAUCUGCUGGCAGUACACCAGCGAAGGACGGGAGCCGAAGCUCAAUGACAAUGUCAGUGCCUACUGCCUGCAUAUUGCCGAGGAUGACGGGGAGGUUGACACAGACUUUCCCCCACUGGAUUCCAACGAGCCCAUUCAUAAGUUUGGCUUCAGUACUUUGGCCCUGGUUGAAAAGUAUUCAUCUCCCGGUCUGACAUCCAAAGAGUCGCUCUUUGUUCGAAUAAAUGCUGCUCAUGGAUUCUCCCUUAUUCAGGUGGACAACACAAAGGUCACCAUGAAAGAAAUCUUGCUAAAGGCAGUGAAGCGAAGAAAAGGAUCCCAGAAAAUUCCAGGCCCUCAGUACCGCCUGGAGAAGCAGAGCGAGCCCAACGUCGCCGUGGACCUGGAGAGCACCUUGGAGAGCCAGAGCGCCUGGGAGUUCUGCCUGGUCCGCAAGAACAGUUCAAGGGCAGACGGGGUUUUCGAGGAGGAUUCGCAGAUUGACAUAGCUACAGUACAGGAUAUGUUGAGCAGCCACCACUACAAGUCAUUCAAAGUCAGCAUGAUCCACAGACUCCGCUUCACGACCGACGUCCAGUUAGGUAUCUCUGGAGACAAAGUGGAGAUAGACCCUGUCACGAGUCAGAAAGCCAGCACCAAGUUCUGGAUUAAGCAGAAGCCCAUCUCGAUCAAUUCUGACCUGCUCUGUGCCUGUGACCUUGCAGAGGAAAAAAGCCCCAGUCACGCAAUAUUUAAACUCACAUAUCUAAGCAAUCACGACUAUAAACACCUCUACUUUGAAUCUGACGCUGCUACUGUCAACAAAAUCGUGCUCAAGGUUAACUACAUACUGGAAUCGCGAGCAAGCACUGCCCGGGCUGACUAUUUCGCUCAAAAACAAAGAAAACUGAACAGACCUACAAGCUUCAGCUUCCAGAAGGAAAAGAAAUCAGGGCAGCAGUGACGGCUGCCUGCAGCUUCAGUCUGUUGCCGGAGCUCAGAGCCGCCUGCGGGGCCAGGUGGCUUUUGCCCACCCUGUGUCCUGCGGUCCUCGGACAUGCUCCGAGGUCCAGGCUCCCGGCUCAUGGGGACAGGGCUGGUGGGCUCCAGGGGAAGGGGGGCACUCCCUCGGACAGAGCUGGGGACAUUUCCACCGGACCGAAGCCUGAGUGACAGUGGCUUUGACAAGCAGUGCCCGGGGCCGGACGACACGGCAAGGAGCCACGAGAGGCCCCGCCAUCUUCACUGCCUGAUGGCCCCGUGCAAGGAUGUACAUAGCCGCGCCCAGACGUGUCCUUGCAGCUUGAUCAAAUUUCCUAAAACAAGCCAAGAACAAAAGUGUACAUUUCUGUUUUUUUCUUCUUCCUUUUAAUAAACUCUUUAUCAUGGUUGGUA